AUGAGCGCUGGGUUCGAUAUGUCGUCUUUAGCGCUUGAGGAUGACAAGAGUAACAAGUUUUUACACGUAUUCUGUUGGAAAUGUGCAACAGAAGUAGGUCUGUACAACGUCGCGGCAUCAUCUGUCACCCUGUUUAAGUGGCAAAUUAUUUGUCAAACGAAAACUCCAGAUCCCAACCCAAGCAGCCCAGAAUGUCUUGCAGCGACUCUCAUGGCUACAAUUUCGAGGUCGGGAUCAUCCAAGUCCAUCAUCACGCCGCAUGUGCUUGGAUCUGUAAAGCCCGGUUCAGCUGCUGCACGCCAGAACCUCCAUCUUUGGGUGUUGAAUCCCAAUGUGGUGUACACAGCAUCUUUUACCACUGGUCGUAAGACAGCCAUGAAGAUACUCUACAAGCAUAUCGACUCGGAAGAGGGCGAUAAGCUGAUUACAUCCAUGACCUCGGACGUUCAAGAGAUUACUCUACCAGAGGCAGCCAUCAAGGCCGCGGAAGAGUGCUUAUUGGCGAGCAGCCAAUUGCUACCAGCUCAAGAACGGACUUUUAAGGAGUGGAAUGUCGGGUUGCUUGGAAGAUGGGAACCUUCUUCCUGA